AUGAAAACAUCCCACGCGCAGCCGGUCCUCGAACUGGAGCUGGAUUGCGGCGGGUGGUGCAAGAAGGAGCCGGCCCUCUUCGCAUACGCGAAGGGAUCGGAGGCCUGUGCGACAAGCCUGGGCCGUCAUGUCUGGCGCGUGGCUGCCUUUACCGGA